CGCAUGUCGCACGGUAUGGGCUUACAGCAGAAUGCUCUCAAGUCGUCGCCGCACUCCUCGCUGGGAGGAUUCCCGGUGGAGAAGUACAUGGACGUGUCGGGCCUGGCAAGCGGCAGCGUACCGGCCAACGAGGUGCCGGCGCGAGCCAAGGAGGUGUCCUUCUACCAGGGCUACACGAGCCCCUACCAGCACGUGCCUGGCUACAUCGACAUGGUGUCUACCUUCGGCUCCGGGGAGCCUCGGCACGAGGCGUACAUCUCCAUGGAGGGCUACCAGUCCUGGACGCUGGCCAACGGGUGGAACAGCCAGGUGUACUGCGCCAAAGACCAGCCACAGGGCUCCCACUUUUGGAAAUCAUCCUUUCCAGGGGAUGUGGCUCUAAAUCAGCCAGACAUGUGUGUCUACCGUCGUGGGAGGAAGAAGAGGGUGCCCUACACCAAACUGCAGCUCAAAGAACUGGAGAACGAGUAUGCCAUUAACAAGUUCAUUAACAAGGACAAGAGGCGGCGGAUCUCGGCUGCCACGAACCUAUCCGAAAGACAAGUGACCAUUUGGUUUCAGAACCGGAGAGUGAAAGACAAGAAAAUCGUCUCCAAGCUCAAAGAUACUGUUUCCUGAUGUGGGCCAGAUUGGCCACAGAGCGUUUAAAUGCUUUCCGUUGUCUCCAAAAGACCUUUGGAAAGACUUGAAUAUGUAUUUAAUUCCCUCCACCCCCCUGCCAGGAAUGGCACAUUUUGU